AUGCCGGUCCCUUUGCAAGUCGCCUACAAACCCAUCUCGAAGCCCGAGAUUGGCGUGAAUAACUACCAGGGUUUCAUGCGUGGGAAAUCUGAAGUUAUCAAGAAAGGCUCCAAUCCCUAUGACGCUCGACCAUUAGAGUCCGACAUUCGAUUAGACCAUGAUGUCGAAAUCAAAGUUCGAGAUGGUUGCAGACUUUAUGUGGAUAUCUACCGGCCUGCAGAUGCAAAAGAGGACGAGAAAUUGCCUGCGGUCAUAAGCUGGUCUUGCUAUGGCAAGAAGUAUUCAGCCUUACACAUGCUACCGAUAUGUGUUUGGAAUUGCUGUGUACCCAAGGAGUCAUUGAGUGGAUUGGAGAAGUUCGAAGGCCUCGACCCAGUCACUUGGUGUCCCCGUGGAUACGCAAUCGUCUCGGUCGACUCACGUGGAACUGGCAACUCUGAUGGAUCGAUUCCAAUCAUGGGCUCCCAAGAUGCCGAAGAUUGCUACGAUGUAAUCGAAGCGAUCGCGGCAAUGCCUUGGUCAAACGGAAAGGUCGGCAUGGCUGGAAACUCAGCGCUGGCCAUCAUCCAAUGGCAUGUUGCUUCACUUCGUCCACCUCACCUCGCGGCCAUCGCACCCUGGGAAGGAUCUGGCGACAUAUACCGAGAGCAAUUUUGUCGUGGAGGCGUCUUUAGCAUGUCAAAUUUCGACCUCAUUACGCACUUCAUCAUUAAGUCGAACACAGUCGGCGGCGGAAUCGAGGACUUUGCAGAGAUGUAUCGAAGAUCACCUGUGGCCAACGCAUACUGGAGCGACAAGCGUGUCGAUAUGACAAAGAUUGAUGUACCAGUCUUCAUCAGUGGUAGUGACUUCAGCAGUAUCCACACAAUGGGCUCUGUAAGAGGAUGGCUAGAAGUACCCCAUGAUAAGAAGUGGAUCCGUUGGAGCUCGUACCAAGAAUGGUAUGAGUUAUACUGCGUCAAACAUUCUGACCAAGAGCUUCACAAGUACUUCGAACGGUUCUUGAAGGGCAUUGAGAAUGAUUGGGAGAAGACACCAAAGGUGCGGUGGUCGGCGCUACAAUUCGGAGAUCGGGAAGCCAUCGACGAUAUCGAAUACACAGACUACCCUAUCCCAGGCACCGACUUCAAAGAAUUUCACCUGUCGAACUCUGGCCUACAAGAAAAUCCCAUAUCCGAGGAUACCGUGAUAGCGUACAAUUCCGAAGACGCGAAGUCUAUCGCUGAGUUUAAUUGGACAUUUCCUCAGAAGGGUAGGCUCAUUGGCUUGCCCAAGGCUGUUUUGUACAUGUCAUGCCCGUCUCAUGACGACAUGAAUGUUUUCGUUAUUCUUCGAAAGCGCAGUAAAGAAGGGAAGCUUUUGAUGCACCUUUGCUUCCCAUUCUCUGCUAUACCGGAACACAUUAAGCGUAUAGAUGACAUCCCUGAAAAGGAACAAGCUAGCCUGAACUUGCACCUCGGAAGUGUGGGUGUGCUCAGAGCAAGCCAUCGGAAAUUCGAUCCUGAGAGGUCAAUUCACCCACAAUUUCCAUUCCAUCCACACGAUGUCGAGGAAAAGAUUCCCGCAGGCGAGAUCGUGAAGCUAGAAAUUGGUAUAUGGUCCAUGGGUGUCGACUUUGACGAAGGGGAAACAUUGAGUGUCCAGAUCUCUGGGUCCUACCCUUCUAUUGCAGAGUUUACUGCCUUUUCCAAGCCACGGCCGGAGGAAGAGAAGAAUAAGGGCGAGCAUCGAAUUCAUUGUGGACCUCAAACUCCUAGUAGAGUUAUUUUACCUUUUGUUCCAUUGUAG